GUUGCUGCUGAGUCUCAGUGCUGCAGUUGUUCUCCGUGUAACGGGACAGAGGUGAAUUAUCCCAGCUCACAUGCCGUAUGCGCGCAACUGCGAGGAAUUAAAAUGAAUAUUCAAAAACAGCCGUGGACUAAACAGCGCUGAACAACAAUCGAGCCAUCUUCCUUAACCAAACGCGAGCAUAUUUUUGUUUUUGGAGCUUUUAGUACUUUUUUUUUUUUUUUUUUUUUUUUUUUUUGGAGGAGUUACGAUUCAGUUUGGAAUAACUUUGUUGGAGUUACUCUGCAACUUUGUCACUGCUGAAAAUCCACAACCUAUCAGGAUGGAUGACGGACAAUGCUACUACAAUGAAACCAUAGCCUUUUUUUACAAUCGUAGUCAGAAGUAUCUGGCCACAGAAUGGAAUGCCGUAAGCAAGCUAGUGAUGGGACUUGGGAUUACAGUAUGUAUUUUUAUUAUGCUAGCUAACCUGCUUGUGAUGGUGGCCAUCUACAUCAACCGCCGAUUUCAUUUCCCAAUCUACUAUCUAAUGGCUAACCUAGCAGCUGCGGACUUCUUUGCAGGACUUGCCUAUUUCUACUUGAUGUUUAACACGGGACCCAAUACGAGAAGGCUUACAGUCAGUACGUGGUUGCUUCGCCAAGGCCUCAUCGAUACAAGCCUAACUGCCUCAGUUGCUAACUUGUUAGCUAUAGCCAUUGAGCGCCACAUAACUGUGUUCCGCAUGCAGCUCCAUACCCGCAUGAGCAAUCGACGAGUAGUUGUAGUUAUUGUCAUCAUCUGGACCAUGUCUAUCAUCAUGGGUGCCAUUCCUAGCGUGGGCUGGAACUGUAUCUGUGCCAUAGAUACUUGCUCCAACAUGGCCCCCCUCUACAGCAACUCCUACUUAGGCUUCUGGGCGAUCUUCAACCUGGUGACCUUCGUGGUCAUGGUCGUUCUUUAUGCCCACAUAUUUAUGUACGUACGUCAGCGAACCAUGAGGAUGUCCCGGCACAGCUCAGGUCAACGGCGAAACAGGGACACUAUGAUGAGCUUGCUGAAAACGGUCGUGAUUGUACUGGGUGCUUUUAUUGUGUGCUGGACGCCUGGUUUGGUGCUUCUCUUGCUGGAUGUGGUCUGCUCCAAAUGCAAUGUCCUGACCUAUGAGAAAUUCUUCCUCCUUUUAGCGGAAUUCAACUCUGCCAUGAACCCUAUCAUAUACUCGUACCGGGACAAGGAGAUGAGCAUCACAUUCAAACAGAUCCUGUGCUGUCAACGCCAAGAGAAUGUGAACGGUACUGCAGAGGGUUCAGACCGAUCCGCGUCCUCCAUCAACCACACGGUCCUGAGCGGGGCUCACCAUAACGACCAUUCAGUGGUCUGAGCUUCAACAGGGGCCAGGAUCUAUAUAGUAUAAGUGAGCAGAGACUGUGAAAAAGGCAUUUUCAUCAGCAAAAGACUUGUGGUUAUGAAGUUUUCUGUGCUUUUUCUGUCUUUAUAAUGUUUUGACAAUAUAUUGAACUAUUUAAAGGCUAAUCCAAGAGGAUUUAAGUAGCCAGUUUAACACAAAUCGUAUUUGUUCCUGUAAUACCAUUAGUAUGGAAAAAGUUUGGAUGAGUAUCUUGGCUAGUUGUAAUUUUUUGGCCAGAUUGUUGUAAAUCAAGGAGUUUUUAGUCUUGUACAGCAGGUGUUGAAGUGAAGGACGUAGUGAAGUGUCCAAUGAAUCCACACUAGAAAGAAAAAGUGCACGUAAGGGAUCACUGGGAAAUAAUUUUGGUGAACUAUGCGAAGUACUUGAUUUUGUUUUGUUUUUUGUUUCUUUUUUGCAGUUUAUUUUGCACUGCAGGUUCAUCCCUCUGAUACCAAACUGCCACCAAAUAUAAUGCCACAAAAAUAUGUCUUUUAGCCAAUUGAUUUAGGGGUCCAGGGGGCUUAAAAUGUAGAUGAAUGCUUGAAUCUGAACAUAAGGACCAUUAAAUAUUUAUGUGAAGCUGGGUAAACAUACUGUACCUCAGUAACUUGAAAGAGCUUGAUUUACACAACUUAACUUUAUAUUUUUCCUGAUACAAAAAAAAAAAAAAAAAAAAAAAAAAAAAUGCAUAUUCUAUUGGUUAUAUCAUGCCCAGUAAUUUGCAACAGGGAUCAACAUCCGUGCCUUAUUACUAUUAUUAUAAAAAAAUAAAAUAAAAAUAAAACUCUGACAGCUUUUUAUGAAUUAUAUUCAGUUCUUAAUGUAUUCUGUACACAUUUCUAAAACAUACAAGACAAAAUAAUAGUACAAAUGAAGAUUAUUUUUAUGAAUGUUCAGUUUGUGGCCAUAAAACUGGCUGAAUCAUUGAAGUGAUGCAACAUAUCUUGUGUCGUGGCCAGAAUCAAAAUGAAAUGUCAUCAUGUUAAAAAAAAUAAAAAUCUUAUGGUUCAACAUGAUGGAAAUUAAAUUAUCAAAAAGAGUCUUUACUUCAUAUACCAACGUAUGUACGUAUGUAUAUAAUAAGUGUAUAUAUUCACAUGUUAGUCAAAAAGGGAAUGUUUAUUGUUUAAAGUUAAAACAUUUGAACCAAGGUAUAACUAUUUUUAAAUAUGUUUUGGUUCUAAACUUCUUUUUUAAAUCUACUUUCAUCAUACAAAAUAACAUUUUUGGCCAAACAUGGAAGGACAAGUGUUUUAAUGUACAUACAGUGGCCUGAAAAAAGUAUUUGGAUGUUUAAGUAUAAAUAUGACACUUUAUUUUACUGUCCUACAUGUUACAUGUACUACUAUAGUAACAAUGCAUUAUGUGUAAUUACAUGCAACUAGCCCUAAAUCAAACCCUAUUCCUAAUGCUAACCCUAUAGUAAGUGUAUGUUGUUAAUUAAUUUUACUCAGUACUUAAAUGUGUAAUAACACUGUUACAAGGACACCAAAUGUAAGUAUGUAUAAUUUACUGUUGUUACUAUAGCAAGUACAUAUAUGUAACAAAGACACUGUAAAAUAAACUGUCAACCAAGAAAUACUCAGAAAAAAAAAAAAAAAAAAACGAUGUAAUGAAACUCACUCAUUGUAAAUGUGACUGGUAAGUGUCCAAAACGUGUUGGGGCCACUGUAGGAAAGUUCAUAAUAUAAUUCUAACAUCUGUGAAAUUAACAGUUUUUUACGUUGUAUCGUUUAUAUGUGGGAACGCUUUUCAUGAAAUAACCUCCAGUUUAAAAGUGAUGUAAAAUGAGUGUUGUAGCAAAAGGAUUUUCCUUUUGUAUCCUAUAACAUUUUGAACUUAAUGACAGUAUUGCUUUAAUGUUUAUUCAUGUUUAAAAAGGCACCGUUUGUUAUGAGUAUGAACUUUCCACUUUAAUAUGGAUGAAAUUUGAAGAUUUGCACUCUGUAGACAAAUGGAGGAUUACUGGCUGAGAUCAUAUAAUUUUAAAACAUAUCAGUAUUACCAGUUGUCAUAAAAAUAAAUAAAUACUAACAUUAUUAUCAAUUUUACAUUGAAAAUAUCCAUUGAUCAAGUGUAAACAUUUGAGUUUCUAGACAACUUUUCAUGUUAUUUGUCUUAGCAGGAAAACAACCUAUAAAACCUCUUUUAUUUUUUGUUAACCAAGUAGCAAAUGUUUCAACAUUUUUGUAAGUCUUACUCUGUUGCGAAAGCAAGUUUGAAGCAGUCCAGUGCUCCAAAUGACGUCCAUCCAGAAGAGACAGCUGUGCUUGACGGGUCAUGGGCCAUAGGUUCAUUCUAGGUUGAAAAACGACUAUGUUUCCUGUUCAUUUCAGCAAAUGUGACCAUAUUCAAAAAUAUGCUUGGUUUUACUUGUUCUCUUAAUGAAGUCUGAGCUCUGAAAUCCUGUAUGAUAACAUUCACUUAACAAUGUCAUUCAAUUAGUGAACCUUCUUAAAAUAAAUCUGUAUAUGAGUCAAA